CCCAAAGAUUUAUAAAUUUAUUAGAGAGGGAGACCUCAUACCAGUCUCUCUCUCUCUCUCCUCUCUCUCUGUCUUUCUCUUCGCCUUCGAACGAUCGUCAAAAGGAAAGGAAUAGACACGAACAAUUGCAACAAUCAAUCGACAGUGGCCUUUUGGGUUUUGGAUUUUGAUGUGUAGGUUUCAGUUGAUCAUACGAUCAGGGUUGCACUUGUUGCAGUCUCGUCUGUCCAACCAUUUCCAGCACUAGUGAAGCACCUUCUUCACCGAUCAGUAGGUUAAAUUCAGUGGAACUGAAUCUCCGAAACAAAAUCGAUGGAAGACAGACGAUCAAAAUCAUCAUCAUCAUCUGGGUCAUCCACUUUGUCUCCAUUAGCUCCACCCUUUACAAUCAAUUUCUCCAAUCGCCAAAAACUCUCAGUUUUUGACCCAUCAAUCGAACCGCCUUAUCCCUACUACGCCUUUACUUCUUCACCCUUCCCUCAACCCUCAACACCCAAUCUUCUUAGUUCAGGAGGAGUCUCCUUUGGUCUCUACAAUGGCGAUUCCUACCAACCAGAGGGUGCUUUAGCCGUUAAUGGUGUUGCUGAAGCAGAUUGGUUCUGUUCACAGAGCCACCCUUUUCAGGGUAUUGGUUCUUUAGAUGAUUGUGCUCCAAUUGAUUCUGUAGUUGUGUCUACGGAAGCCCAUUGUGCUCAGGGGACAACUAAUGGCUACGGGCAGCAGCCGGAAUUAAGAGGGCACUUCUUGCUGGAAAAAGGGAACAGUGGUUGUGGCGUUCGCUUGCCAGAACAAGGGUAUUCCACUGCUGAAGGUUUGAAAACAUGGGGUGGAAAUUCAAGUUUGAGUGGAAACGUAAUUGGAUCAGGAGGCACAACACAGGUAACCACCAAAUUUUUCUUAUUUCCACCGGAAAUUUCUAGUGUCAGCCCCACUAAGUUUUCGGCGACAUCCAUUGAAGUGUUCAAAGAAGUUCCUCGACUUCAGAAACAAUAUUCAGGGCCAGUUAUAAAUUCCUGGAAGCAUUGUGAUUCAGCACUGAAACCACUUAUAUCAAAGAAUGAGAAUUGUGGUGGCAGAUUUGCAGACAGCAACAAUAAUAGUAUUGGUCAUAUACCGUCUAGCAUAAAGGGAACUAAUGUCUUUCUUAAUGUUGAUGAUACUUCAAUUGACAAAGGCAAUGAAAUAAAAAAUUGCACCUCUGCGGAAUCGUGCUCGGCAUAUAAAUACAAGUCCUCAAGUAGCAAGCCUGUCUCUUAUGAUUCUAUGGAUCCUUUAUGCAAAGAAAAAUUUGAACUGCAAGUUACUCAUUCUAAGCUUUCUGAUGAUAUCAUUUUGGAACCUUUUAAUGCCAAAACAGGUCUUCAAGUUAAAGUAUCUUCUGAAAUGUUUGACAAGUCUGACUCUGAAGUGGAUUCACCCUGUUGGAAAGGAACCCUGGCUUUCCGUAAUUCGCCAUUCAAAAAUUCUGGGACUCUAAACUCUCAACAUUUUAAAAAUGGUCUGGAAGAAGGAUGUAGUAGUUUGAAUCCUCUAGUGCCUCAGUUUUAUCCUUGUAACGAACGGGAAAGUGGUGAUUGUUGUGAAGAUAAAUGUUUCAGAGAUGAUUUGUCAUCUUCUAGUAUGGAUUCUGCAGUUGUUAAUUUAUCUUCAAGGGAACACCAAUUAGCAGAUGCUGUUAAAGCAGGAUUAUGUUCUCCAAAAGCAGGCAGUGAGAUCGGACCUCAAAUUUUUAGUAACAUCCCUGUGACGAGAAAAGAACCUGCCCUGCUCAAGGAAUUAAAUUGUAGUUCUGAGAAGGUUUCUCAUUUGGCUCAACAGAGUCUCUUAGGCGAUUACUUGAUCUCUGAAGAGAAGCCUGUGGCUGGGGCUAAUGUUGCAGGCUUUGUGAAGGAUGUCAGAGAUGCAUCACAAAAUGAUUUAUCUUGUGUGCCUUCCCUUGUAAUAGGUCAUGUAUCAAGUUCACCUCCAUAUGGAAUUAAAGUUUCUACUGAACUUACUGAAACACUUGCGGGUGCUUCCAACUCUUUGUCUACACCUCCAAAAUUAGAUGCUCAAACAAUUGUUAAUGCAAUACAUAAUUUGUCAGAAAUUCUUGUACAAAACUGCUCAAAUGACGUGUAUUCAUUAAUGGAGCAUGAAAAUAAUACUCUCCAGCAAGUAAUCAACAAUCUUUAUGUCUGUUUUAAGAAGAGUGUUGGACGGAGGACUCCAAUGCCUGAAUCAUCCCAUCCAGUAACUUCUUACUGGCCUAAGAAGUCAACCGAUCUCCUUGAGGUGCUUAAAGAGGUUGGUAGUGCUCCACACCAGCAUAAAAUCAGAAUGGCAAAUUUGAAGCGAAAUGGUUGUUUUACUGUGUUGAGUGGGGAAGAUUAUAGAGUUCAAGAUUAUUCUUCCCCAAGCAGUGAUUCAGGCAUUGGGAAGGGUAAUAAGAUUACACUGCAGGUCAUGAGUAAAAAGGUUCUGAGGGAAAACCACCACGUUGAAUGAGAAGUACAUCCAAAAUUUAUGGCUAAAGGCUGAAGCAGCUGUAUGUUUUAUGAAAUGCCGAGCUUGUGUUGUUCACAUGAAAACUUCGAUGGGUGAGUGGGAGUACUUAACGUGAACCCUUAAUGUCUGUCCCUUGGUGUAAGCUGAUUAUUUCCAAUUGCCAUUUUGUGUUGGGAAAGGUUUGUAAGGUAAAUAACCGUCGAUCAUUAUGUCUAUACUAAUCUUAGCAUGUAUUAUUCUUAGAAAAUGCUUCAUAUACCUGCAACCAAAUGUUUACGAACAAAUGUAAGUCACACUAGAAAUUUCAUGGUUCUA